UGAGGGUUGGGCACGAGGGUUGGAAGCAGGGAUGGGUGAAAACAGGGGUUGUUCCAGAGAAUUGAAGCAGGGGUCUAAGCUGACUUGCUGCACGUGGUUGUGUCACGGGACUGGGCUUUCACACAACAGAGCCAGCAGUUCCAGCAGUUCCAGCAGAGGCAGCAGAGGCAGCAAAGACAGCAAAGACAGCAACAGCAGCCAUGCCUUCAGUGAUCUACUACAGGUUUGUCUCACAGAACAAGGACUCCAGGAUUCCCUUUGACGGCACAGGCAUCUCGGUCUUCGAUCUCAAGAAGGAAAUAAUCAACUACAACAAGCUCGGCGAUGGCUACGACUUCAUCUUGAAGCUCUUCAACAGCAACAAUGAAGAGUACUUGGACGACUCCGAGAUCAUCCCCAGGUCCUCCACUGUUUUGGCAAAGCGUUCUCCUGCCUUGAGACAUGGCAAGAUCAAUGCCUCGCGAUAUGUCACUGGAAAACCCAGGAUAUUGAAACAUGCAAAGGUGUCGCCAAAUGAUCUCGCCAACUCAGCGUUGCUUGUCAAACCGAUAACUACUAACUACGAGUUUCUAUCCGAAGAGGAUAAAACAAAGGUCAUGUUUCAAAACCAAGAUGCUCAAUGGCAAAAGGAACAACAACGUCUAGCUAACGAGACUCCAAUUUUUCACAACAAAAACAACUUGCCCAAUGGCUCGAAACCUGGCGCCACUAGUCAACAAGAGGUUCCUCCUCCAGGCUAUAUCUGCUACAGAUGUGGUGCCACCGAUCAUUUCAUCAAAAACUGUCCCACAAACAAUGAUCCGAAUUUUGAAGGCAAAAGAAUCAAGAGAACUACUGGUAUUCCUAAAUCCUACUUGAAGACUGUUGAAAAACCAAACAACGAGGAUUCCGGCAGUUAUAUGAUAACAGAUGAUGGGAAAUUUGUUGUAGCUCAAGCUGAUACAAAAUCUUGGAAACUAUUUCAAAAUAAAGUAAAUGAUUUUGAUUUUUCUAUUUUUAAAAGCGAGUACAUUUCUGAUAAAUCCCUAGUUGAUCCUCUAUCAGAUUUGUUAUUCAAUAACCCUGUAAAGACUCCCUGUUGUUCAACUACAUAUUCUCUAAGUCAUAUUGAACAGAACUUAUUAGAUAAUGAUUUCACUUGUCCAAAUUGUCAAAAGGAAGAAAUAUAUCUAGAUUCAUUAGUCCCUGACGAAGUCAUGGCUAAGAGAGUUAAUGACUAUUUAACCAAAAUCAAUUUAUCAAUGAAAAAUGAAAACAAUAAAAAUAAUCCUAACAAUAGUAAUUUUAACAAUUUGAACAAUAUAAGUAAUUUAAACAAUUUUAAUAACUUAAAUAACUUAAAUAAUCUAAAUAAUUUAAAUAAUUUAAAUAACUUGAAUGCUUUAAAUAGUAUCUUAAAAAAUUCCAAUGCCAAUGAUUCUAACAGCCACAAAAGAUCAAAUGAUAAAAUGGAUAACAAUAAUAAUAAUAAUAAUAAUAAUAAUAAUAAUAAUAAUAAUAAUAAUAAUAAUAAUAAUAACAACAACAAUAAUAAUGGUGAUUUUGACUACAACUCAUCAAUCAAUGAUUCAUCCUCUAGAACGAAAAAAUUGAAAACUGUGGAAUUGCCUUCAAGACCAAAUAUUCCUCCAAUGCCAUCUAUGCCUUCAAUUGAUAAUCAUGGCUAUAGCAUAAAUCACAACAACAACAACAACAAUAACAAUAGUAACAGUAAUAACAAUAACAAUCCACUAUUAUCCCAACUCCCGCCUGCUCCUUCAAAUUUUUUUCCUUUUCCUUCUGUGCCUGGUUUACCACCUAAUCCUUUUAUGAUGGGACUACCCAAUGGGCUACCAAAUACAUUACCUCUUCAUCUGACAAAUCAUUUCAAUGCUAUCCAACCCAAUAAUUUAAACCCUUUAAAUAAUCUAAACAUCAAUCUAGGGAAUCUAGGGAAUCUAAGUAAUCUAGGAAAUCUAGGAAAUCUUAGUAAUCUUGGUAAUCUUGGUAAUUUUAAUAAUCUUAAUAAUAAAUAAUAGAUUGUUAUUAAUUGUUAUUAAUUAUUGUUAAUUAUAUAAUUUAUGUACUGUACUAAUAGUAAUAAAUAAAAU